AUGGCGAGUUCCGAAGAGGCCAACGCGCCUCCUGCUAUCAAGCGUUCCCAUUCCGAGGUCGACACGGGCGACAAUGGCGAUGAUUCCUCCUCGGACGAUGACUUUGGUCCCGCCCUACCCUCCGAAGUGGCGCCAAAGAAGAAACGACGAAAGUUGCCCUUCGAGAAGGUGUACGUCACGGCACUGCCGGCCUCGCCGCGGUACUCCAAGUCGCUGAUGCACAAGGACCAAUUAUCAUUUGUGACGGUCACCCCAUUCACAGACUUUGUCAUCACCAGCUCGGUCGAUGGAGUGGUCAAGUUCUGGAAGAAGAUGGCAGACGGAAUCGAGUUCGUGAAGGAGUUUCGUGCCCACCCAGGCGAGAUCCGUAGCGUCAAUGUCAGCGCAGACGGCCGCAGCUUUGCGACGGCGGGUGUGGAUAAGACAGUCAAGAUCUUUGAUGUCAUUACGUUCGAUCUCCUGGCGAUGUACACCCUAGAAUUUGUACCCCGCUGUGUAUGCUGGGUGCACCGACGAGGAGCGUCUCUACCGCUCCUGGCUGUGACCGAUGAGUCUAGCAACACCUUCCAGGUCUUCGAUGGACGGGGAGAGAACUCGCAACCCUUGCACACGGUGAAAUCGGUCCACCGCACCCCGGUUGUAUCAAUGGCGUUCAACAAUGCAUUUGAUUGCGUCAUCUCGGCCGAUGAGUCGGGCAUGAUCGAGUAUUGGCGAGCGGGAGAUGGAUCCUUUGAGAAACCGGAUAAUGUCUUCGAGCUCAAAUCAUCGACCAACUUGUUUGCUUUCAAGAAGGCCAAAUCCACCCCUACUGCGAUCACAAUUUCUCCCUCGGGCGAGCACUUUGCUACGGUUUCAUUCCCUGACCGUCAAGUGCGCGUGUUCGAAUUUGCGACAGGCAAACUCUACCGUACAUAUGACGAGUCUAUCACAACCAUUACCGAGAUGCAGCAGGCGGGCACCGCGCCAUACCCGUUGGAAGAGCUCGAAUUCGGGCGCCGACUAGCCGUCGAACGAGAAUUGGACGGGGAAGCAACCCGAAGCAAAGUCAAUGUCGCCUUCGAUGAGUCCGGCCACUUUUUGCUCUACGGGUCUUUGUACGGUAUCAAGUGUAUCAAUACGUACACCAAUCGCGUCGUACGGGUGUAUGGGCGCGACGAGCCCUUCCGCGCCCUGCAUCUGGCUCUAUACCAGGGCCAACCGCAGCGCAAAGGCGUGGUGACCGUUUCCAUGGCCGCUAGCAGUAAUCCUCUUCUGCAGGAGGCCGAGGAACGUGAUGCAAUGCUUCUCAGCACGGGGUUCGCCAAGGUCCGCUUCUACCUGUUCACCAACGAAACCGAGAUCUCGAAGGGUCGCCGCGAUGUGCAGAAUGAGAAGCCUACCCAGGCGGGCGGAUCGGAGACGCGCGCCACCAAGCCGAGCGAGAGCGGCACCGCCGCGGUCCUGCACACCACCAUGGGGGACAUCCAUCUGCGCCUCUUCCCCACCGCCGCCCCCCGCACCGUGGAGAACUUUGUCACCCAUGCCCGCCAGGGGUACUACAAUAAUACCAUCUUCCAUCGCGUGAUCCGCAAAUUCAUGAUUCAAGGCGGUGAUCCACAGGGGGACGGGACCGGUGGCGAGUCCAUCUGGGGCGGGGAGUUCGCGGAUGAGUUCUCGAGUCUCCGGCACGAUAAGCCGUAUACGCUCUCAAUGGCCAAUGCAGGACCCAACACGAAUGGAAGUCAGUUCUUCAUUACCACUGAGAAGACCCCUUGGCUCGAUAAUAAGCACACGGUGUUCGGCCGGGCCGUCCAAGGUCUGGACGUGGUGCAUAAGAUCGAAAAUGUCAAGACCUACAAGGAAAAGCCGGAGGUCGAUGUGAAGAUUGUGAGCAUCACCAUCUCGUGA